GAGAGGCCAAGUUCACACUGCAGAUUGACAGACCUUUUGCAGUGAGCCCUGAUAUUGGCACCCUGGGUGUUAAUGACAGUAUGCAGGUUACUGUGGAAUUCACACCUGAAAAUGUUGGUGACAUCACAACCGAUCUUGUUCUGCACUACGAUACAGGUGAAGAUAUCUACAUAGCUCUGUACGGAGCUGCCCAGGACUGCAAUGUGAGACUGGACAAGAACUCGAUCCGGAUAGAAAACACAUACAUCUCGAUGGCCAACGAGAGAACGGUCACCAUCCAGAACCGGUCGGAUGUGAUUGCUCAUUUCCGCUGGACACAGUACGCCACUCGGGAGGAGGAGGAACAGCAGAAGUUUCUGAAGCAACUGGACCUGGAGAAGGAGGAGCGAGAUGACACUGACCGAUUCCUGGAUGAGUGCAUCGCCGACCCGACACUCCGAGACAAACUCUCCAUCCUCGGACGAACUUUCAAGAACAGGCAGAAGUUUGUUGAAAAUGACAAACUGCUGUUCAAUGAUGAAGUCAUAAAGAUUGAUCCGAUUGAUGGAGACAUUUGGCCAAACUCGACCUUCGACGUGAGCAUUGUAUUUAAACCAAGGGAGGCUCAGAUAUACACACAGACGGCCUACUGUGACAUAACCGGACGAGAGAGUCGCUUACCACUGCGUAUCCGUGGAGAUGGACAAGGACCAAACGUUGAGUUUUCCUUCGACACCCUCAAGAUGAGCAACAUUUUCAUAGGCUCUGUGCACAUGUAUGAGGUUGUACUGUCAAACAAGGGAAACAUUGACGCCAUUUUCAGCGUCAUUCCAAGGACGUCAAUAUUUGGACCGUGUUUCCAGUUCAAUCCCGCUGAAGGGAUUGUCAUGCCGGGAGGCUACCAAGCGAUACAGAUCAUCUUCAAGAGUCCAUACCUCGGAGAUUUCUCUGAAGAAUUUUCCUUCCAAGUUGAUGGCUCACCACAGCAGCUUACCAUCACGUUCGUUGGAUCAGUGAUUGGUCCAACCUUCCAGUUUAAUGUCCCAAAGCUGAAGUUUGGAACAAUUUCCUAUGGUUUUCUGAAUACCCAGACAUGUACUUUGUUGAAUACAUCGCUGGUACCGAUGACGUUUCGUCUGCGGAUUCCCACAGACGGUGUCGUAGAAAGUAUUUGCUGCACCACUGAUCUGAAUGGAGAGGAGCCUGAGCGGAAUUCCAGUGCGCGAGUUGGACCUCCGAGAGAGUUUGAGAUUAUUCCUGUGACGGAGACGCUCCUGGCACAGAGCGAGAUGAAGAUCACUGUGAACUUUGUGUCAAACACGAUCAAGAAAUACGACGUCGCACUUGUGGUUGAUGUCGACAAGGUCGGGGAAGAAGUUUUGUCUUUGCCCCUUUCAGCCAGAUGUGUCGUGCCAGCCGUCACUGUGCUGAGUCCUAUCCUGGACUAUGGCCGCUGUUUCCUCCGCCACCCGUACGAACACAGCAUCAGACUGCACAAUGACACCGAUCUGCCAGCCAAAUACGAGAUAGUGCCUCAAGAAAGCCUGGGGGUUGAUAACCCCCCAAUACUCUAUCACAGCCCAGUGCCAAAAGGAGUGAUCGCCCCUCAUGAUGUGUAUGAUGUGGCCCUGCUGAUCGAGGCCCAGGUUUUAGAGGAACUAGAUAUUUCUGUCUACGUUCACAUCUUCGGCUCUCCUGACCCACCAAUGCCUGUGCAUGUGACGUGUGUGGGUGAGGGACCUGUGGUUCACAUCCUGCCCCUGGAACUCGACUGGGGGCUUGUGCCUGUUCUCACAGAUAUACCAAAGAAAAUAUUGCUUGCCAAUGAAUCCCUCAUCUCUGCCAAGUUCACAGCAAACAUGGUUCGCCCGAACACAGUGUUUCAAAUAGAGCCGACAGAAGGAGAAAUUGGUCCCGAGGAAACGAUGACAGUGACAGUCAUUGCACACCUUGAUGAUUGUGUCAGGUUUCAAGACAAACUUCAAAUCAACUUCAUUGAGAGCCAGGCACGAUUCAUUCCACUGACAGCAUACGGGCAAGGUACCACAGUCCUCUCUGAUCCUCCGAUGACACCAAAACUAGAUCUGGGACCCAACUUCAGUAAUCGUCCGUUGAAGAAGACGUUCAAACUGACAAACAGCGGCCGACGUCACCAACAGCUGGUCUGGAGUACUGACGGCUUUCAGAUCAGCAAGGCCAAGAAGGAAAUGGCUUCCUACAACUCAAAGGAUAUGAAGUUCAAGAAUCAUCCGCCACCCUCCGAGCCACUGAUGCCUGUUUUCAAGCUGAAUCCUAACAGAAUGGAUCUGCCUCCUGGCCAGAGUGUCGAGAUGAAUAUUGAAGGAUGCGUUGAUUCACCUCAGUAUGUCCAAGAGCGCCUGCUGUGUCACGCGAUCAUCGGACGCCAGGGUGGCAAGGAGCUGAUCAUGAAGGUGGAUGUGUCCACCAACUUCAUCACUCCACUACUGGAGUUCUCAACGAAAAGCGUUUUCUUCAGAGUCGACAAGCUUCCUGGCACUUCUCUAGAGCUGCUGACCAAAGAACUGACCAUGAGCAACAUGUCCAGUCUGCCACUGACCACAGCACUCAAGUUGGAGAAACCCUUUCAGAUCAUUCUUGACGAUGGCACAGAAGUCUUAGAAACGGAGGUGACGCUGGAUGUGCGAACCUCGUACAUCCUGAAGAUCCGGUUUGACCCAGCCUAUAAAGAUGAUUCCCACAUCCGGACUGUUGAUGAAGUUUUACACAUCACCUACAAAGAACAUCCUCAUGUGGAUUAUGUUGCUCUGAGAGGCGAGGUCUACUUUCCAAAUCUGGCCUUUGAAAAGUCCACUGUGAACUUUGGCUGUAUCUUGAACGACACAGAAGUGACUCGGUAUGUGAACGUCACCAACAACAGCCCCAUGGAGGUGAAGUACCGGUGGUCAUUCCUGAUUGACGACCAGCCGUGCACGGUUAUCAACCGACCCCCCGAGAAGCCGUUCCUCGAAAUGAUCAUGGAGGAAAACAAAGAAGUGGCUGAUCCAACUGACCAGGUGGAGAUAACUGUGGAGAGCUUUGAAGGAGGAGCCGGUUCAGACAAUGAGGAAGAUGAGCUGAAGGAGGCUGAUAAUGAGAAUAUUGAUGAGGACAAGGAUGAUGAUAUUAAAGAAGGGGAGACAAUCGAUGAUAACAUCAUGAAGGAGGAAGAAGAUAUUUCUGAUGAAGAAUUAGAGAAGGGUCAGCUUGACAUUGAGCAGGAGAAGUCGAAGGAUGACAUGAAGGAGGACCGAGAGGAUGAGAUCGCGCGACUCGCAUUGAGUCGUCUGUCGUACCGGGCGGAGGACGACGCACUCAAGUCGAACCGAGCCUUGUCAGCGCUCCUUGAGCGAGACCUCGAGAUGGUCUCACCCAUUGGCAUUGAAGAGGUGUUUGAUAUCUUGCCUCUAUAUGGAACUUUACAACCUGGUGACACACAACAGAUCACCUUGACCUUUUAUGGUCAUGCUGACAUCUGGGGUCAGGUAAAGGCCAUUUGUGAGGUGGAAGGGGGACCGACGUACGAGCUCGUACUGAAAGGCGAAGCCUCGCUUGUAGAGUACACGUUUGAUACGAGAAACAUUGACUUUGGACAGCAGAUGUAUGAUCAGGUAGCCUCAUCCGAGAUCACACUGAUAAAUACAGGAAAGGUUGGAUUUUCAUUCAGCUCCAUCAACAUGGAUCCAUCACUUGCCAAACAUCCUCCUCCGGGAAUCCCUGUGAUGGUGCCACACUCGGGCUACAUUGAACCGCUGAGUGAACAAGUCCUGACCGUCAAGUUCCUGGCAGCAGUUCCAGAAAAGUUCCACAAGAAUUUCCUCAUUCAAGUGGCCCACUUUGAGCCAGACACCAUCAACCUGUACGGGGAGGGGAUGUUCCCGAGACUGUCCCUCGACCUACCCCGCCUCGUCGACGAUGGCGGACAUUACAACAGUCUGUUGAAGGAAGCCAGGGAGUCCCUGACGAGGAAUGUCAACAAGCUGUCCAGCCAUGAAUGUCAUACAACACAUGAUCACAUGAUGCAGCCUGAAGCAAUUCCAUCCGACCUUGAGCUGCAGAUGGAAAUUGAGCGGUUGGCCGUGCGAGACUUUGCCCUGGAGGUGCAGCAUGAAACAGCACGCCUAGAGGCUGAUAACAUGCCCAACAGUAACGAGAGUCGGCAGACACAAACCUCCAUUGACUCUAAGCGGAGCAAAAAGAAACACAAGCUCAAACCUCGAUUACCAGAAUAUGUUCUUGACUUUGGUUACGUUGUUCUGGGUACUGUGAGGACACAUGUGGUCCACGCCACAAACACCGGCCCGUUUCCUGUGUCAUUCCAAGUUGAACAUGAAAACAUUCGUAACUAUGGGUUUCACGUGGAGCUGGACAGAGUGAGGGAUUUACCAGGGGCUCCCGAUCAUGAGACUGUUGACUUUGUGGUCAGUUUUGACCCUCGGGGAGCAAAUCUUCCACUGGGAGCAGUAGAGACUGUUGUUCAUAUUAAGAUUGUGAAUGGGCCGGCCGUCUGCAUCAACCUGAAGGCCAACGUCACGAUGCCCGACAUGGAGAUCUCCGACGACGUGUUGAUGUUUAACGAGGUGCGCUGCGGGGAGUGCAAGGUGGUCACUGUGCAGCUACACAACCACCAACAUGUGCCUUGUGAGUGGAACUCACUGCCGCUCGACAAGGACCGCAAAAAUGCUGACCGACAUGUUCCAAUGCACCUGCGUCGAAAGUUACGUCAGGAGAAAAAGAAGCCACUGCACUUUGAAAUGAUGCCACCGACAGGAAUGCUGAUGCCUGGACAAAGGACCAAUGUCCAGGUCAAGUUCAUGCCAACUGAGGAGAAAUUUUAUGAGCACCGGAUUUCAGUUCGGAUUGCUCAGAGCAGUCAGCGGAUUUUGUUACUGUGUCGAGGUCAAGGCCUCGAGCCCCGUCUUGAGUUUGAGCAGAGUCUUGUUGAGUUUGGACCAAUUCUUCCACAUAGCAGUGGUGAUGAACAGGAUAUUGUGGUGAAGAACCCAUGCAGCUUUCCCAUCGAAGUCUACAACCUCGAGUUUGACACAAAUUAUCUAGAAGAAGAAAAGGUACUGCGGCUGAUGAAGGGUUAUGAUGAAUACAACACGAUACUCCUCCCUCCCCGCCCUCCAGGAGACAAACUUCCCACAGAACUGUUGGACUAUUAUGAAGAACAAAUGAAGAAGCUGGAGGAAGAGGAGGCUCGAGAGCGUGAGGCGGAGGAGGCAGCCAUGUCGACAAGAAACGAGCAAGAGGGAGCUGACAAGGAAGGAGAAGGUGAUGAUGAAACAAAUCGAGAUGCUGAAUCAGAAUUAAAGACAGAUGCUACCCCUGUUGUCAUGACGACAGCUCCAUCACAAGUCGACACACCCAGAGAACUACUGGUUAAAGAUACUUCCUUUGAUGAUGAUAAAUUAUCAUUAGAUGACAAAAAGGAACGGGCCAGCAGUACUGGGGUUGGUGAGCUAGAGAUUACACCUGUGUCUGCAGCCAUUGCCCGCCAUCUUGGAAUAGACCUCACUCCAGAGGGAAAAGCAGCUCGCAACAGACGUGGAAUUGCUGUCAUUGUACAUGGUGCCCCCAUGUCGGGUAAGACUAGCACAGCUGUAAAACUUGCCAAAACAUUCAAAGCAGCUAUUCUAACUGUUGAUGGGGUUGUCAUGGAGUCGAUAUCCAACGGAAACACUCCUGCUGGUAAGAAAGCACGUGAACUUUGUUCUGAGGCCGCGAGGAGAGCUGAAGAGCUGAAGGGAUUAGACGGGGAGGAAGGAGAGAAGAAACUCGCUGGAGGACUCAGCGUGGAGGCGGUGACAGCGCACACUCAGGGAGUUGGUACUGGAGCACAGGCUACUAACCGCAAGACAAGCACCAUCACAGACUCGAAGACAAAAGACAAACAUCAUGGUGGAAGCAUUCUUGGAGCAAAGACGGUCGUAAACACAUCGUCCAUCGAGGGCGGGACAGGAAGUCAGGUCCCGAGCAGCCCUCCACCGCUAGCUGCCCCUGUGGCUCGCCGACUCAGCAUCAGUGCCAGUGUGACCGGGGAGGAUGGACUGAUGAGUUGCUUGCUGCCUGAAGAGCUCCUUGUGGAAAUCCUAGCUGAGAGAAUGCAACUUGACGACUGUCACCGUGGUGUUGUGUUUGAUGGACUGGAGACUCUCUUCUCCAUGAACGUGCUCACCACUGCCAAUGCCAUUCUGAAGUCAUUCAACAACCGGCGCUUCAUCUUCUUCGUCACCCUCAAACUCGACUACAACAUCCUGAAAGAGCAGGAGAAGAAAGAAUUGGAGGAGAAAGAGCGACUUGCCAAGCUGGCCGAGGAGGAGGAGAGACGCAGACUGGAGGAAAUGUCUGAAGAUGAGUACGAUGCUCUCAGCGAGGAAGAGAAGGCGCACGUCGACAAGAAACGACUCGAGAUCAAGAAACUCAGAAUUAAAAAAGAGCUUGAAGAAAAAGCUGAAAGGGAGAGAAGAGAGCGAGAACAAAGAGAAGAGGAAGCAAAGAGACAAGAAGAGGAAGCGAAGAACAAGAAGAACAAGCGAGGUAAGGGAGGACAGCAGGACAGUAAAGAAAAGGACAAGAAGGGAGCGCCGACUGGACGUGGGACGGCUCAGCCCGGGGCAGAACGCGUCGGUCAGAAGUCUCAGGGGGGACCACGGCAACACGACAGUGAACAUACGGGCAAGGCCGGCUCCAGCAGUGAACGCCCCGAGUCUCACCACACGGAGAAAAGUGACACGUUCAUCGAGGAUGUCAAAAGAAAGAAAAGCACCAAAGACAUAAAACCAGGCAAACUGAAGGAUGGGGAGCUGCAACCUGGGUCUGGACAGCCUGAGGAACAGGCCCGGGAUCCCGCUAAAGAGGCAGAGCUGCUUCUGAUGCAGCGGUUCCGGACAUUCGAACAUCUACAGAACGACCUGUGUUAUCUGCUCGAAUUCUGGGACAGGACGUCUCUGCAGGUUAGACGGCCGGUGACCCCUUCAGAGAAAUCUGAUGAGGAUGGGGCACAGCAUCCACCUUCGGGGAAGAAAGGAAAGGGCAAAGAAAAACAUGACAAGGAAAAAGAGAAAGAAAAAGAGAAACAGAGGCAGCUGGAAAAAGAAAUGGCAGAAAAGGCUGCAAAAGAGGCGGCCAUGGCUGCUGCCAUGCAGGGUGAGGAAGGGGAGAGCACUGAUGCAGAGUAUAAGGAGAAGAAGGAAGAUGACGGGAUCGGAAUUCCACACCUCAUUAUUGACUGUGCAGACAAAACCAUUGACCCGGGGGAGAAGAUUUUCAACACUGAACGGCUGCCCUCGGUGGAACAGGUGAUGGACGGUCUUGGACUUGGUCCACAUGGUCCUCCCAUUCCGCCACCAGCUGAGUUUGCUGUCGUCCCAUAUCCCGUUAAAAGACGAGCACCACCUAUCUCAGAGUUUGGAGGAAGAUACUUGUUUGUGGCCUCAUCACUAGAUGACCCAAAUAUUGGGAUCGAUGAGAAGUUUAAGGAUGAAAAUAUGGACGAAGAGAAAUCUGUUACCCCAGACAACAAGAAAGAUGACCACCCGACCCCGACGAAGGUCAAAGGUAAAGGGUCAGACAAACAAAAGGCUGUGCCUUCGGACAAGGAGAGGAAGCGCAGUGCUGACCGCAAGAAGACUCUGGGUCGGCGCGGAUCGGCACAAGUCCCGUCCCCACCCCCGGGGGUCAUAACACCAACUUCGGAUGUCGAUGUAAUGAGACUGUCGAUAUUCCGGUGGAUCGUCCCGGCUAAUGGCGAGGUUCUUCUCCGGCUGAGGUUCCAGUCGGAAGAACUGGGACAGUUUGAUCAGACGCUGAACUUUGAGAUCGUCGGCACCAGGCGGCGCUACCAGCUCUACUGUCGUGGAGUGUGCGCCUUCCCAUCAAUCAGCAGAGAACCCAGGAUUGUGUUUCCCCAACGCAAGAAGAACAAGAAGGAUGAUGAGAUUGUGCACAAGAAGUACAUCCUUAUGACGGAGACCUUUGAGUUCGGACCGUUACUCGCUGCCAAGUCCAGAGAAAGGUACCGAGAAGGCCGAUACCCUGAGAACAUGCAACAGAUAACAAUCCUGAACACGUCUCCCAUGGAGGCAGACGUCAGCUUCUGUUUCCUGACGGACAGCAAGGCGGACACCUACCUGCUGGAGCCGUCCGGCAUGGUGCUGAAACCAGGCGACAUGGAGACGCUGACCGUGUGGGCGUACCCCAAGAGUCCCGGCCGCUACAUCGAUGCAAUCGUGUGCUGCGUGAGGGAGAACCCCGAGCCCAUCAUCUUCAACGUGGCGUGUGACGCGUUCAGGCCGUCACUGGAGCUCGACAAGAAACAGUUGCAUUUUGAUAGAGUGUUGCUACACAGGAAGGACACGAAGACCAUCUUCCUGAGAAACAGUACAAUGCUGCCGGUUGCUUGGAAACUGGACGGCUUGGAGAGUCUCGGGGAUGAUUUCUCCGUGGCGGCAGAUUCCGGGGUGGUGGAACCCAAGUCGGAGUACGCUCUCCACGCUUACUUCCGCGCCAUGAAGACCGUACAGACCAGCAGGAAGGUGAUCAAACUGCAGAUUUUUGAUGCUGAUAACAUCAUAGGUCUGAUUGAUCAAGAACCCAUCCAAGUUAUUGCAGAAGCUUAUGAUGUUGCUCUUGACAUGAGCUUUCCAAAAGGUGCCGAUGGAGGACUUGAUUUUGGAACAAUUCGAGUAUCUGAGGAAACGAAACAGACAUGUACUCUGAAAAACAAAGGCAAAUAUGAGAUUGCUUAUUGCUUCCUGUUUGAGAAUGCCGACCCGUCUAACCCUGACGUGACCAGUCUGUUCUCGGUGAUCCCUCAGAAGGGUUCCCUGAACCCGCUAGACCGACCCACCCAGGUGCAGGUGAUCUUCAAAUCCCAGAAAGAGAUCACUGUCAAGGAGCAGCCCAUCCUCAAGUGUCAGGUUAUUGAGCCUGUUCUCGGGGAAGGGGGAGAAGUCAUUGCAAGCAUCCCUGUGAAGGUGUCCAUUAAAGCAGUGUUCAGCAAGUACAAUAUACUGCCAACGAAUGACAUCAACUUCGGCUCACUGUUGGCUAAUAGCAAGAAGACUCGACAGUUUGUGAUUGAGAACAAGGGAGAGUUCGACUUCAGAUACACCAUCUCCAAGAGGCUGAAGGAAACAAUGCAGCAGGCAGCUAAUGUCCGAUCCACUCGACCGCCUGUGAGGGGAGACAAGCGAAUCAAAUCCCGAGAUGGGUCAAGUUCAGGGCGCUCAGUUGCUAAGCCCAAACGAGCUGAAUCAAUCAGACAAGAUGCAGGCACGGGACAGUCACGUUUGGUACAGGGCAUCUUCACCAUCUUCCCGGCGUUCGGGAUCAUUCUUCCCAACGGCCACCAGACCAUCACAGUUGACUGUGUAGCAGAGCAGCAGCAGGGACACUUUGAAGAGGACCUCUCAGUAGAAAUCACUGACCGUGAACCGACAGAUAAUCGGGGUGGAAUCCCGUACAAGCUGAUCGCUGAGGCGUGCAUACCAUCCAUCAACACCGAGGACAUUGGCUCCAUCUUCGAGGAACACCACGUCUGCAAGAACCUGAGCGUAUGGCAGCACCUGAACCAGAUUGAGAGUGGGGGGAUCUACGGGGAGGAGGAGAGACGCUUCGUCUUCAACAACGUCAUCGUUGGCAGGAAGGCGAAGGCCAGGUUUAAGAUCUCCAACACCAACAAGGUUCCCUGUGACGUCGUCUUCACGCUGAAGCCGAUGACAACGAAGGGGGUUCCGAAAAUGCUGGAUAUAUUCGAAGUGGAGCCUGCACGGGCUCAGAUAGCAAACCACAGUCACACGUACAUCACUGUCACCUUCACACCACCCUCCAUGCAGAGCUUCAGUGCAAUGUUCGAGGCAGCUAUUGAUGGGAUGGGUCAGAAUCAGACUCGGGGCAAGUCGCUCGUGUUCGAGGUAUCGGGAGAAGGCAACUUGCCGAGGAUUACGAUCGGCAAGCCAACCAUUCGAAACAAGAGAGGACAGCCACUGCUGCUGUUCAAACGGAUAUUGAUAGGAAGGUCGCAGUCACUUCCUUUGACCUUGAUGAAUGAUGGAACACUUCCAAGCAAAGUUGAUAUUGACUUGAUUGAUCCAGACAGUGUGUUCAUGCUGAAACCUACAGGAGAGACCAAUAACAUAAUUGGAGACAUUGAUAUGGAUUAUGAAGCAGUGAGAAAGCGGCCUCACACGGCGUCCGUCGUUGUGAAUGUCGGCAGUUGCGCCACAUUCGACGUGGUCUUCAGCCCGAACAUGACUCAGCGGUUCCAGGCACACGUUCGUCUGUCAGUGAUUGACAACCAGUACGAAGACUCCAUCAUCCAGCUGGUUGGCGAGGGUUAUGAGGACGACAUCACCCUCGACAACAUACACAGCAUCAUCAGCAGGGUCGACCUCGAGACUGAAGAAGGAAGCAUGGCUGACGAUGAUGUGGCAGCUGCCAAGACCCAACUUGAUCCGAUUUGGCGACUGCUAUAUCAAUGAGCCGAGGACCUUGACGUUCUCGAUGACGAAUCACUCGAAGACAGACGCUGUGAGGUUCCAGUGGCCGGAGCAUGAACAGCUGAAGUUCUCGCCACAGGUGGGCCAUCUUCACGCGGGCUGCUCCAAGGACUUCUCCAUCACGUUCAGGU